UCUUGAUAUAAAGAGACGUGUGUCGUCAGUUCAGUUGUUUGUGGGAUAGUCCUUGGGUUGAACGCUAGAAUGCAAUUCACCAUCGCCCAGACUGAGAAUGGGAGUGACUCUCUGGGAGUACGCUAUGUGAUUUACGGCAUUCACCUGGAGGGAUUCCUCUUCUGUAAACUCAGGUACAGCCAGUUGCAUAAAUGGAAUGAAAAGUUGAGGCGUUAUUUUGGGAGCAAUCUUGUGCCACGUUUUCCACCUAAGAGUUAUCUCGCUCAAACUGAGUCUACAGCUGAAGAAAGAAGACUUCAGUUACAGCAGUAUCUUCAGAAAGUUGGAGAGGAUCCUGUUAUAUCUGUCAGUGAAAUAUUCACCACUUUACUAAAAAAUGCACAACAGGUAUUAAGGAACCUCACUGAAGUACCAUACAUUUCCCAACAGUUGCAGUCCUUCACUGUAAAACAGCCUUAA